UUUAUUGAAAAGAAAAAUGGAGCAGAAGUGGUGGGUGAAAACGACGCUUUCUCUUGCUUGUUAAUGCGAAAAUAGAGCAGAGUAGAAAGUUUUACGAUGGCUAUGGCAAGUGUUGUUGGUGAAUCAGAAAUUGAGGAGAAUGAGAUAAUGAAAAUGGGAUCCUACGGAGGGAAGGUGAAGGUGUUGAGGGACGAUCAAGAAUCUCCUGCCGAGGAGAUAAUGCUCCUCUGGGGAAUCCAACAGCCUACUCUUUCUAAACCCAAUUCUUUCGUCUCCCAAUCCUCUCUCCAACUCCGCCUUGAUGCUUGUGGCCGCUCUCUCUCCAUUCUCCAGUCUCCUUCUUCUUUGGGUGCACCUGGAGUAACUGGUUCAGUGAUGUGGGAUAGUGGGGUUGUAUUGGGGAAAUUCUUGGAGCAUGCUGUGGAUUCCAAGUUGCUUAUGCUUCAAGGAAAGAAGGUUGUUGAGUUGGGUGCAGGAUGUGGAUUGGUAGGCUGCAUUGCAGCUCUGUUGGGUGCUCAAGUUACACUCACUGAUCUCCCUGAUAGAUUGAGGCUACUGAAGAAGAAUAUUGAAUCCAAUCUGAGAGAUGAAGAUUUGCGAGGCUUUGCAGUUGUGAGAGAACUCGUAUGGGGGGAUGAGCCUGACCAAGAUUUGGUGGAACCUGUACCCGAUUACAUUUUAGGCUCCGAUGUGAUUUAUAGUGAAGAGGCUGUGAUGGAUUUGUUGGACACAUUAAUGCAACUAUGUGGAAUCCAAACAACAAUAUUUUUGGCUGGAGAACUUCGGAAUGAUACUGUACUUGAAUACUUCUUGGAGGCUGCAAUGAAGAAUUUUAUGGUUGGCCGUGUGGAGCAGACACAGUGGCAUCCAGAUUACUGGAGCUCUCGGAUGGUGUUGUAUGUUCUGACAAAGAAAUUAGUUCAGCCAGUGAAAGUUACAUGAAAGUAUCUUGUUGUUAUAUUUGCUUAUUUAUGUGGUGAGUUUUGGGGCAAGGUUGAUAGUAGCAAAUUAGUUCUGUACUGCGUACUUGUACGUUUAGACUUGAUAAAGCUCAUUUUGCAUGUGCCUUUCGCUUAAUUUGCUUGUGAUUUUUCUUUUCAAAAUGUGUAAUCCUUGCUCUGAAUUUAUUUUCAUUUUAAAAAUUAUACAAAGAUGGACUCUGAUCAUGAGUUUUUUUUUA